GUUUCAGAUUAUUUUUCACAAUGGGUCCGCUGAAAGAAAAUGACUAUGCUGCUGAUGAAGUGAAUCUGUCAUGUUCUCUGGACAUGUUUGAGGAUCAUGCUAGGGUUAAAAAGAUGCUAAAAGACAUCCCUACAAUAGUUCCCAAUGGAGGAACCAAGUGUCAGCCUUUUGGGCCAUUAUUUAUUGAAGAAAAACCAUUUGAAGAUCUCAAAACCAUUUUGGACAAGUAUCAGGCGCAACCACACUUGAUGGACUCGCACCUAGAAGAGAUGCUCACCAUACUCUUCCAGUACAUCAUUGAAGCACAAAAUUCAUCACAAGAGAAGCCAAUGGAGACAAAUGAGACUACAUCACAUGAUAUUUCAUGCGAGGGCUCCACAACAUCACAUACUCAGGCCGCAAAAGAUGAUAAGAAAGACUUCCAGGACUCGGCACAUGCUAAGGAGACCACUGUUGCUGACCAGGCCUUCAAGUACAUUUAUCUCUUGUCUAAAGUGCGAGGGUACAAGUCUAUUGUGAAGAAAUUUCCUCAUGAGGUAUCACACCUGAUGCCGAUCAUAUGUAUGCUGGAAACCUACCAGACGCAGGACUGCGAGUUCUACAACAUCUACGUGCUGCUGCUGUGGCUCUCCAUCGUAAUCUACAUGCCCUUCAGUCUUGAUGACUUCAGCGCAGCAUCAACGCCUUGCAGCGCCGGCACUGUCCUGAGUCCUGUCAAGAGAAUCUUGAAGAUUAUCGACACAGAGCUUGGGUCUUCACAGUCGUCACGCGACAUGGCAGCGUUUCUGGUGUCGCGGCUGGUGACGCGGCCUGACCUCAAGCACAACUACCUCGCAGAGUUUGUGCAGCACUCCACGAAGGUCAUCAGCGAGAGCAGCAUGGAGAGUCGCAGCAGCUUCAAGGUGCUAGGGCACCUGCGCGCUCUGGGCCUCAUAUGGAAGCAUGGGCGCCGAGACGAGCUCCUGCCACUGUCAGGUCCUUUGCUGCAGAGCCUCCUUGCUGGGGGCACCACGCGCCGCACUGACAGCCUGGUGCGCAAACUGGCCCUCAAACUGGUCCAGCGAAUAGGCCUGACGUUCCUGCCUCCCCGCCUGGCCGCGUGGAGGUACCAGCGUGGCAAGCGGUCCUUAGCCAUCAACGUCGUCUCUCAUCCUGAAGCUGUUGUGCCUGUCGAGAAUUCCAGCUGCCCGAACCCAGAAAAAGAAGAGGAUGUCUCUGUCGCUGCUGAGGUGGAGGACAUCAUUGAUGAACUGCUCAACGGCCUCAAGGACCAUGACACCAUCGUCAGGUACAGCUGCAGUAAGGCCCUCACUACCAACAGGUACAGCUGCAGUAAGGUCCUCACUACCAACAGGUACAGCUGCAGUCGCCGAGGUCUGCUGCUGCCAUCUACGCUGCCAGAGGUGGUGCAGGUGCUGCAGAAGGCCUUCGUCUAUGACAAACUCUUGGGCCAGAACAGCGUCGGUUCUAAUGUUAGGGACGCUGCCUGCUACCUGUGCUGGGCCUUAGCCCGCGCCUACGAGCCCAGCACCCUGGCCCCUUACGUCCAGCAGCUGGCAACGGGCCUGCUGCUUGUGGCCCUCUUUGACAGAGAGAUCCCUUGUCGCCACGCGGCCUCCGCUGCCUUCCAAGAGCACGUGGGUCGGCAAGGAAAUUUCCCGCACGGCAUCGACAUCCUCACGCGGGUCGACUACUUCUCUGUGGGCAUCCGCGCCACAUCCUACCUCGAACUGGCGCCCUUUGUGGCUAGUUUCCAGGAGUACAGCGUGGCGCUCGCGGAGCACCUGGUCGAACACAAGCUCUCCCACUGGGACGUCGUCGUGCGGCAGCUCGCCGCCAAGAGUCUAGCACUGGUGGCACAGCACUGCCCUGAGCACUGCAGCGCCGUGCUACUGCCUCGUCUGCUGACAGCUGCCACCGGUGCCGUCCUGGUGGCACGGCACGGUGCCAUCCUCGCCCUGGGGAGCCUCGCUGCCGCCCUCAGCGCCCUCGCCGCCUCAAGAGGCCUUCAUCUGUCCUCGUACCUCAGCGCUGCUGUGCUGCAGUCCAUGUGGCGAGUGUCGGAGGAGCUGAGAGAGCGGCGGCUGGUCCAGGGAGCUGGGGGUGCCUACAUGCGCGUGGCACUCGCUGAGAUGAUGUGGCACUGCUGCACUGCUAAGCUGCCCGUGCCACGACCCACAAUACAUGAAUGGACGACCCUGCUGGAGGAAAGCAUCGUGUAUGAGGAUGAAGAGGUCAACUUGUCAGGUGUGAAGGCCAUAGCUGCUCUGUGGUCCUUCUCCUGCGAGGAACUGGCCUCUCUUCUUCCUAUCGCUGACAAGGAGGGUGCAGCUGUUAACAAGGAGGGUGCAGCUGUUGACAAGGAGGGUGCAGCUGUUGACAAGGAGGGUGCAGCUGUUGACAAGGAGGGUGCAGCUGUUAACAAGGAGGGCUUGGUGCUGUCACCUGACACCCUGCAGCGAUACCUGCAGCUCCUCAAGAGUGACCGGGAACACUGCGUUCAGGGCUGGGCUGCCGCUCUCGGAGGCCUUCCUCGCACCGUGCUAGAGAUUUUAUCUUCAAUAAAGAGCCGCGGGUGCGUGGGGCAGCAGGAGCUGGAGGCGCUGCUGACUUGCUUCCUCACCGCCACUGAGGACUACACGACGGACAGACGGGGGGACGUGGGGGCCUGGGUGAGGGAGGCGGCCGUCACGGCCAUGCAGGUGUGUGGGGGCCUGGGUGAGGGAGGCGGCCGUCACGGCCAUGCUGGUGUGUGGGGGCCUGGGGUUCUAGAAGAAGACGCUGGUUUAUCAGACUCGCUGGUGAUGUCACUGCGUCGAAGCUGCCAGGGUUGCAGCGACUACCAUAAGCUGGUUGCCGUGUGCGCUACCAUGGCUGAGAUGCUGCGACUGGACACCUCCUCCAGCAGGUCGCUGCUCAACCAACUCCUGCUCUUCUUAGGCUACCAGACAGACCUUACACUUGGCUACGCCUACAGCCUCGGCGGGGUCUCCGCUACACUCGCUCAGUCAAGUAAAGACGCGUUGGAAGGCCACCUCAUGAAGAGCUCACCUGAAGACAUCAAGAUCUUCAUCAGAACCUUGAUGGAAGUGCUGACUGAAGAGCCGCCUGUAGAGCGCCUCGUGCUGCCCGUGCUGCGGACACUCGAGCACUUCAUCGCUUCGUCUGCUCUGCUAGACCAGGUUCUAGAAGAAGACGCUGGUUUAUCAGACUCGCUGGUGAUGUCACUGCGUCGAAGCUGCCAGGGUUGCAGCGACUACCAUAAGCUGGUUGCUGUGUGCGCUACCAUGGCUGAGAUGCUGCGACUAGACACCUCCUCCAGCAGGUCGCUGCUCAACCAACUCCUGCUCUUCUUAGGCUACCAGUAUCCUAAGGUGCGGAGUGUGACUGCCACGUCCUUGGUGACCGCGCUCGGCGAGUACGGUGACGACCUCGUCAGCCGCGGUGUAGCGCCUUCACAGGACGCGCUCGACCAGGUCUUGAACGUGCUAGAGGAGACGCUGUGGAUGGAGGCGAGCUUGGCUGUGGUGCGUGAGCAGCGCAACAAGUGCUGCCUGCUUCUCAACCUCCAGCCGCCUGCACCCAAGAAGAAAGUUAAUUGAGAUUACCUCUCAUGAAAUUAUUUACUUUUGAGAUUUAUUCCCAUGAAACAAAUAAAUUAAA